AUCGGAUAAGAAAGAAGCACGUCACGUGUUCUCUCUCUCAACGAAGACGACUCUAUCUCCGAUCUCAAAACCAAUACUUUCAUUGAAUUUCCCCGGAGAAGCUCAGAUCCUCGCCGGCAAACAAUUCUCGGAUCCUUAUCGGAAUCUCAGCCUCCGUAGACGGAAGAGACCCAGCUGCAAAGAGUCAAAUUUUGUAAGAAUCCAAUGAAUCAAGAAAACGCUGGUUAUGGAGAUAAUCAGAAGCUACUUCACCAGGGAAGCGGGACUAUUCCUGCUCUUGCUGAUGAAGAGCUGUUGGGAGAAGAUGAUGACUACGAUGAUCUCUAUAGCGAUGUUAAUGUUGGUGAGAGCUUCUUCCAAGCUCAUAAUCAACCUCAAGCACCAGCUCAAGUCGGUGGAAGUAUUCAAGCUCAGAAUAGUAAUGUUUCUGAACCGAGAAUGGCAGUUGUAUCCGGAGGAGGUGCAGUUGAAGGGAAGUAUCAUAAUGGGAUCAGUGGACCUGAAACAAGAUCAGAUGCUUAUCCACAAGGAUCUUCUUUUGGACCCAAAGGGAUGAAUGUUGAUGUCCAGUCCAACCAACCCAGCAAAGUCAAUCCACAAGGAUCAACAUCUAUUGUGUUGAACACGCAUAGUUUUUCAGGGAGCGCGGUGAAUGUGCCUGAGCCUCCUCCUGUGCAUAAUAACCCUUAUGGUGGUGCUCCUCAAGGUGCUCAGCAGAUUCCUGUUAGCCAGACGAGUGUUAAUCCAAGCGCAAUGGUGAACAGAAGCCCCACGCAGCCGUUUGUUGUGGACAAUGGGAACACCAUGCUUUUCGUGGGGGAGUUGCAUUGGUGGACGACGGAUGCAGAGAUUGAGAGUGUUCUUUCUCAGUACGGAAGAGUGAAAGAGAUCAAGUUUUUCGACGAGAGAGUUAGUGGCAAAUCCAAAGGGUAUUGUCAGGUUGAGUUUUAUGAUUCAGCUGCUGCAGCUGCUUGCAAAGAAGGAAUGAAUGGGUUUGUUUUCAACGGUAAAGCGUGUGUUGUAGCCUUUGCUUCUCCUGAAACGUUGAAGCAGAUGGGAGCUAAUUUCACUGGGAGGAACCAAGGACAGAACCAAAUGCAAAACAGAAGGCCUUUGAAUGAGGGAAUGGGAAGAGGCAACAACAACAAUAACAACAACAACAUGAAUACGCAAAAUGGAGACGGUGGAAGAAACUAUGGGAGAGGUGGUGGGUUUGCACGUGGUGGCCAAGGAAUGGCAAACCGUGGAGGUCAUUGGGGUGGUGCAGCGAGAGGCAGAGGGAUGAACAACAUGGCUAACGGUGCUGGUGCUGGACCGUAUGGCGGCCCUGGACUUGCUGGUCCAGCGUUUGGUGGUAUGAUGCAUCCACAGGGUAUGAUGGGAGCUGGUGGGUUUGAUCCUACAUUCAUGGGUCGUGGCGGUGGUUAUGGAGGGUUUCCAGGUCUUGCUUACCCCGGGAUGCCUCAGCCUUAUCCAGGUGUUAAUCCAAUGGGAAUGGUCGGGAUUGCUCCUCAUGUUAAUCCCGCCUUUUUCGGCGGCGCGGGGAUGGGAACGAUGGGUAACGCAGGGAUGAACGGAGUUCAUGCAGCAGGGAUGUGGAACGAGGCUAGUGGAGGAGGUGGUGGUGGUGAAGAGGGUGGCUCUGAAUACGGUGGAUAUGAAGAUGAAAACCAAGAGAAAGAAGAGAAGCCAUCACGUGAGAAAGAACGAGCUACUGCGGAACGUGACUGGUCUGAGAGCAGUGGUGGUGAUAGAAGACACAAGAGUCACCGUGAAGAGAAAGAUAGUCACCGCGAGUAUAAGCACCGUGAUUCCGAAGAGUACGAUAGAGGACAGUCUUCUUCGAAGUCUCGAAGCAGAUCAAGAAUGUCGGAAGAUGAUCAUAGGUCCAGGUCAAGAGAUGCAGACUACGGAAAGAGAAGGCGUGGAGACUGAAACAGAACCUCACACGUUCUUCGUGUGUCUUGUUGCUGCAUCUAAACAACACCGGUUUUUAAGUUACUCUGCAUACUUCAUCAAACUACUUAUCAUCAUCAAAUAUUUGAUACAAUGUUUCUCUAUAUACCUUGUUUGCUGAUAAUCUGUCUUUGGAGUUGAGCAUAUAUAUGUGUGUAAACUAUGUUUUUGUUUUUGUUAAAGGUUCAUUUGUUAUUGCAAACACUUUGAUCUAGGAAGCUGUUGUAAAAGAGAUCUUUAUUAUUUGCUCUUAUUCAAGCUUUA